GGAUCACACUCUGCUUUGUCCGGUGGUGAUUUUGCCACUAGGUACCUGGUGAAAGAACAGCUGAGUAAAGGAAGAUAUAUCUAUGCUGGAUUGCGUCGGGCAGAUGAGAAACGGGUUGUCAUUGAAUAUGUACCUAGAAACCAAUGUCAGUUCAUCACCAGUGGGACGCGCUUCCUGCCUCUGGAGGUUGCAUUACAUGAAAAAUUUAACAGGGCUUAUCGCUGUCAGAGUGUGGUGGAGCUGCUGGAUUGGGUAGAAACACCCAAUUUCGUUAUCUUGGUGUCAGAUCGACCUAGUUCUGGCAUCUACCUCCAGUCAUUCCUUCAUUGUUGCAUUCAACAAUUUGGACGGUUGCCUGAACCACUGGUCCGAGUGACCAUGUAUCAAGUGGUUCGAGGUGGCUAUCACUUCAUUGAAUGUGGAGUUCCUUACCAUCACUUCAGCUUCACUUCCUAUGUUUCUGAAUUGAUCAGAAGAUUCACAGGGUUGAACGACUUUGGCUGUAGUAGGUUUCCGAUGAACGGACCUUACUCGAGUUAUGCAGGAGCCCUAUAUUUCUGCCCUCCUGAGUGGUUAAUCACUGGAAAGUACUGUGCAGGUCCUGCUACUGUCUGGAAAAUGGGCGUACUCAUGUAUUGGCUGCUGUUUGGAGAUUAUCCAUUCAAGUCCGUGGGAGAUUGGCAGCUGCAUUACCCUUUUAAUGUGGAAGUAUCUGGAGAUUGCUUGAGUCUGAUAUCCGGUUGCCUGAAAGAGGACCCUGAAGAGAGACUGAAGUUUGAUCAAAUCCUGGACCAUAUGUAUUUUCUAGCCUGAACACAUGAAUUAAGUAUG